AUGGGCAACUCUAAGUCGAAAGUUGACCCGACAGAGGGGAAGGAUCCAGUUCCAGAUGACUUAGAGACUGAUAAGCGACAGCCAGAGGUAGAUGAUGAGCAAGAUGAUAAUGACAUCCCUUCAAUUGCUGAUGGUCCAGAAAGUGAGGUCAGUGAGGAGGCUCCAUCAUCGGAGCAACCUUCUUCUGAAGGGAAACCUCCGUCUUAUCCGAAAGAGGACCCACCACCAUACAAGGAAAAAUCGUCAGAGGAAAAGACAGAAGCUGGCUCAACAGAGGCUGGUUCAUCAGCUCAGAGUGAUGGCGACAACAUUUCUCAGGGAAGCACUCAGAUAAAACGAGCUCCUUCCAAAUCGAGAUCAGAAGAAGAGAUCACUCCAGUGUCAGAUGAUGAAGAUGAACCAACUACCAGUCGAUCCAAGGAUACUGAGUCGAUCACUCCUAUCGACGAAGACGAGGAGUCAGAUGAUGAUGAUGAUGAAGAAGAAGAAUCAGAUGAGGAUAAUGAAGAUGAUAAGAAGUCGGAUCCCUCAGAAACUCCUGCCGAUGCAAAGGAGAGAGAAGAUCAAGAAGCUCAAAAGAGAAUGUUCACCAACUUUUCUCUUCUUUCAAAGAAAAGCAAAGGCAGCAAAAAGGUAAAAGAAGAAAUAGAUGAAGAAACAGGUCUUUCUCCCGAAGAAGAGGCGGCUCAGCUUAGAAAGAAACAGCAAGAACACUACAAACGACUUUUGGAUAGCUCCACACCUUUUAUUUUCGAUAAGUCUGCGUUACCCGAGCUUAUUGAAGAAACUGUGUCUCCUUUCGACAAUUAUGAUACAGUGGGAGUUACAACUGAGUAUCCGAAAUGGGCGAUCAGCAACUUCAACGCUUCUGGAUUAGUCCAGAGUCCAUCUGCAAUGUCGAAAAUGCAAACUAAUAUGCAAUACUUUGCCGUUAUUUUGCCAUUCAUUGAUUUGUCCGCUGAUAUUUUCUCCGCAUAUCUUUUUUUGAGCUCUAACUUGGGUUUUGAAAAGGCUGUUGGUCUUGCUGUUGCUUUUAACGUUAUUGUUGUUCCGUCUUUCCAAAUUAUGUUUGCGAUGAUUCGUCCUAACGACGUUGAGGAACAACUGAUGCGCGAACUUCCUGACAAUCCGUUCAUAAGGGUCCCUGUUAUCUGUGCUGUCAUUGCGCUAGGGUGCAUUACGUCUGUCAUGUUGCAGUGCUAUGAAAAAGUCAAACUCGUGGAUCAAAUGACAACAGUCGGAGAUGACGAAGAAAGUAAGAACGUCAGAGCUUAUGGAGGUAUUUCUUUGAUCCAUUUCAAACUCCGAGAAAUCGGUAUGGAACAGAGUACCCAACUAACUUACAAGCUUUGUAUGUUGAUCUUCAUUUACUUCCAUCAAAACCAGGAUAUCACCUCCGUCCCGCUUUCUACUUAUUUCAUCUUUGUCGGCAAACGAGUUUGGAUCAUUAUCUCAGGAUUGCUUGAUGCGUGGACAAUUUUCAGUACAAUUCUCGAUUCGGCGAAUAUGCUGCACAUUUUCCGUCGUGGUCGACCAAUGUCAUUCGUCAGCCAGUUUCUCCGAUUAGUUCACAUUACGAUGUCGAUUUUGAUGGGUUCGGUAAUUGGGUUUUUGAUUCUUCACAUUGGUUUCCGAGAUGAACGAUGGAAAUGGAAACGAGUUGAUAUGGAGAAGAAAGGAGAGAAGCUCUAUGUUCUCAUGGGUAUCCUCCUCUUUAUAUUUGUGCCGAUGUUGACUAUGAUCAUCAACAUGAUCUCUCUCUACGUAAAGUCUUUCAAGCAAAAAUGGAUUUCAUACGACAUCCGAAUGAAGUACGGUAUCUAUCAAGGCGUCAUCCAGCUCAACUUCCUCGAAAUGCACGUUGGUCUACUCACACCAAAAGACAAAGUUUCACUAAAGACGAUCAUGACUCUUGUCUAUGGAACCGUAGUCGAAAUCGUCACUUGGAUGUUUUUGCUUUGUGGUAUCGCUUUUUACAGGGAGAAUGGCUUCUACUUGUACGAUGCUAGUGAGCACGUCUACAUGAUUGACAACACCUUCCCGUUGUACACAGAUACGUAUUUCCGGUAUUCCCUCGGUCAGAAGCCGUCGUUGCUAACGGCCGAAAUGAACAUUUUGAUAUCCGACAUGCCCCAUACGCAUACGACAGAAGAUUUCAUUCACUAUCCUUAUCAAUGGGAGCGCGUUCCAAACGCAACGCACUAUUACGACUACUACACACAUCCUCGCGUGAUGGGUGACAUCAUCAAAAAUAUCGACGAGUUUGGUUUCGAGGACAUCUGUAUUUAUAACGAUGCACUGCAAAACGUCUGCUAUAAAAAUGAUACCAUUAACGAAAAUGGACUGGAGGUAGUCUUGAACAACCCUUUCUUCAAGCGUAAAUAUUUGGAAUGUUAUUCGUAUAUUUUCAAAUACACUCCGGCGGAGUUCCGUUACGACUUAGAAGCGCAUGCUGAAGUUGAAAUCAAUGCGUACGGUGGUUAUUAUUACAAGUGGGACAAACAGCUUGCGAUGCAGGACAUUUAUUCAAAACAGUACGAUAAGGAUAACCUUGAUCGAAUGACUGUCAACUCCAUUGAUCAGAAUUUCCAGUCGCUGGAAAGUCUUCGCGAAACAGUGACCUACAUGAAUCUCAUGUACAACAAAACAAUUUACUGGGAGGACAACUACGUCAAAGCGAACACAGUCAUGAAGAAUGGCUCAGUUCCGCUUCCGUAUUUUAAUGAAACUGCAUCAAUGGUGGAAACGCUCAACUACAACACAGAUAGAGCAGUUUGGAGCUGGGGUACAUUCAUCAGUAUUUUCAUUAUUUGUCCACUUAUUGGUGCUCUUUCGAGAGUUCUCGACGCCAAAUACUGGGAAUUAUCUGAGCGAGAUGAGUUUCCACUUUGGGUCUGGACGCAAAUUGUGCCUAUGUGGGUUCGUCGACACUCAUCCCUUUGGAAAAUCAUGGUCAAACUCCUGUUUUGUUUUAUUUUCGCAGCGGCGAUUUUCUUUUUGAAUAAGGUCUUUUCCGGUCUUCUCGUUGAGGAAUUUUGUAUACAGACCAUUUUUGAUCCCGUCUGUGUUAAAAACUGCUCAACAGAUGCAACUUUUACUGGAGACAAGUACUAUGACAACUUUGAUUGGAUCUAUUUCCAAGCUUUGGAUGGCGUCUCAUGCUACCAAAAGAUCCCUAACAACUCGCACACCCACGGAUUCCUCUUUUCUACCCUCUCAACCGAUCGAAUUCGACUUCUAAAGAGAGAACACAACGAUGUCCUUCAAGUCAAGCGUUUUGAUGAGAACUCAAACGGUAACGACGAAGGCGGUGAUGCUCGAGAUUUCGAUUGGGUUGACGGAAAGGACUCACUUUGGAGAGGUUAUCACGAUAUACAUUUCCAGGAAGUCGAGACUGCGGUCAAAAUUGAUACCAAACGAGCGUUAGGGGUCGUCUCUUGGGUGACGAAUACUCCUGAUGUGCCGCUAAACGUCCAUCUUGAACCCGAAACUAUUUUCUUCCCGAAGCCUCAAUACAUCGCGGCUGUCAACUUAACGAGCGGAAUUAUGUGGGAUGCAACGGAGGAUUUCGGAAAUGACAAGGAAAUUAUUUACAAAUUUUCACAAAGUUGUCAUGUUCAAUAUGGCGAUAUCUGGCUUGGAUUAAAUACUGAUGAGGGAGAGAUUGAAGCGUUUGUUCCGUUUUCAAUCGUUCGAAUGGGCCAUUUCCCGAUUCGUAAAAUGGCUGAUGCUCGACAUAUUUGUGAUACUCACACCCAACAUAUUCUAUACUGCCUUGAUGAUGGUGACGAAAAAGUCGUUCCAGAGUACCAAGUGCGAUGUUAUGUUAUCAACCACGAUUUUACGGAGUACUUUUUGAUUCCUAACAGAAUCAUCCCUCGGGAUCAAUCCGAGUACGAGAUGGCUUACGACGAGCUUCGAAUUGCAGAUGACGAUGUUAUCAUUGUUCAACGAGCAAAGAGAGUCAUUCACUUCAACUUGAUGCGAUACAUGAACAACACCGAACACCAUCAUCAAAAGACAUACUGGGAUUACCAGUGGGAAUGGAGAAAUCAGUACACGACCUGCCACAACCGAGUUUGUUAUAUGUUGGCAGAGAAUGUUAUCCAGUCCGCUGGAGGUAAACGAGAGAACAGAAAUGGCUUGAUGGUCUUCAACCUCGACGUUUUCCCAUACAUUCAAAAGCGUAUGCUUCAUCCUGCCGCUGCUGAUAUGAUUCCCUCUCUUGAUCGAGAAAUCCAAAUGCCUCUUCGUUUAGUCCCUGUUUAUCAUCGGCAUAAUGUUCGUGAUGAUUUGAUGCCUCUCGGACAGAUUCAAGGAACUGUGUACAUUCGCGGUGCGGAUACCUACUUCAUGGGCAUGAAAAUGAAGGAAGAAAAAAUCUAUUCUUUCAACUGCUCCUUCGUCUCCUCUGCCAGUCUCAAAGUCACAAAUGACACGCGAUCUCGACUCCUCACCAAUUGCUUCGAGUAUAAAAAAGAACACAAGGGCGUUAACGACACAUUCGAUUACUUGCAAUACUCUACUGAUGAGACUCUUGUCAUCGAUCAGUACAACCUGAACUACAGAAAGUUUAUCUCCUAUCCAAAGAGGAGAAAAGGUUGGCUAGCGCGUCCUGAGAUGAGACUUGAUGCUGUACGGGCGGAUGUGAAACGCGCAAAGGAAGAUCGAGACAACCCGGACAAAACAAGAUGUUACUUCCAGCGACCGAACUGCACUGUCACUUGCGACGAUUAUGAGAAUGAGAACAGGCUGUUCAAGGUCUGUAAACACGUGGAGCCAGAUUGGACACAACCUAUGGAAAUUCUUGGUGAAUCUAGUAUUUACGACUUCCCUCAUAGAAAACUUCCGUACGAUAGGGCCUUCAAUCGACAUUACAUGGGGAAGUGUUGA